AGAAAUGCCCAGCAGCCGGCCUGUGAGUCCAACUGAGCAGCUUGUUAUCAUGCACAGGCAGGAGGCGCUGAUCAGAGCCACUCAGAGUGAACCCGGUGAAAGAGACCUGGAGAGGUACACACACUACAUCAACACCAGCGUCCCGAUUCACAUGCUGGCCCCCUACUCACACCAGCAGAUGGUUAACAUCAUGAGCCGGCUGCCUCCUGAGCGCGAAGGUGCCAGCAAACACCUCCGAACUCUGAGGGAUGACUUGACGGAGGAGGUCAAAAGAGAUUAUUAUUCCAGCCUCAGGAAGAGCAUAGGUAAAACAGUUGGCAUUUACAGUGGAUAUAAAAAGUCUGUUUGCCCCGUUGAAAUACCAGCCCUCUGUAACAUAGAAAGUUGUUAUUCUGCUGUCUAUGUAUAA